AUGUCUAAAGGCAAAACGGAGCAGCAAGGCAGGCCUCAUGGCUUCGAACCUCUCAACACGCUCUCGCUUGAGGCUCUUCAGAGCGACGAACAGCGCCUUGUUCUUGAUACAGUGGCCCAGGUCCGCAAAUGUGGGCUAGAAAGCAUUUUGGCUCUCCCCCAACUUGUUGUUUGUGGCGAUCAGUCCGCCGGGAAAAGCUCUGUUCUUGAAGCUCUUACUGAAAUACCGUUUCCCCGAAAUGACGAGUUAUGUACCCGUUUUGCAACUGAAAUCAUCAUGCGGCGCGCAACGAUUGAGUCCUUGACCAUCAAGGUGAUACCAGAUGAUGAACGAUCAAGUGCUGAAAAGGAGACAAUACAAGCAUUCACAGAAACCAUUACAGAUUUUGAAGAGCUACCAGAAAUCAUGGACAAGGCAAUGGUAGUCAUGGGAAUAGGUGGAGUUGGGUCGCAAUCGAGCGCUUUCGCCAGGGACGUACUGAGCGUCGAGAUCGAAGGUCCAUCUCGACCUCAACUGACUUUGGUCGAUUUGCCUGGUCUUAUUCAGAACGAGACCAAAGGGGUCACUAAGGCUGACGUGGAGCUCGUUCAAGAAAUCACAGAUCGAUAUAUUUCGCAAUCUCGGACGAUCAUCCUAGCCGUCGUGUCCGCCACCAAUGAUUACGCGAAUCAAGGCAUCCUCACAAAGGCUCGGAAGGUAGACCCAAACGGAGAACGCACACUUGGCAUCAUUACAAAACCGGACAGACUUCCUGCUGGUUCAGGAAGCGAAAGUGCUUACAUUAGCUUGGCUCGCAAUGAGGAUAUUUUUUUCAAAUUGGGUUGGCAUGUUGUCAAGAAUCGAAGCUUUGAGGAAGGGGCAAGCUCCUUCGCAGAACGUAACGCAGCUGAAGCAUACUAUUUCCGUCAUUCAAACUUCAACUGCUUACCAAAAGGAACCGUUGGCAUCGAUUCGCUAAGAGAACGACUGAGCAAACUCCUCUUUGGGCACGUCAAGCAAGAGCUUCCUAAGCUGCACGAAGAUCUCAAUAAUGCCCGCACAGACUCGAAACAGCAGCUCCACCUGUUGGGUAAUCGUCGCUCAUCGCCAGCAGACUGUAGAGAAUACCUGAUGCAGCUUAGCCUCGACUUCAAUAAGGUGUCCGGUGCUGCAGUGAAAGGACAGUACGAAGGAAUACACUUCAAAUAUGACCCAGGUGCUAGUUUCACGCCGGAGUCGUCUUGUGCCGUUCGUCGACUGCGAGCUAUGGUCCAAUUGCUGAAUUCUAAAUUUUCUGAAAAGCUCAGAAAGGCUGGGCACACAUAUGUCCUUCAGAGGACAGGCGAGAUCACGGCUUCCGAGCUCGAGCGGGGAAUCCCAAUACCAACCCCGGAUUCGACUAAGCCAGUCAGAUUGUCACGCAAUGAUUCACUCCGAGCUUUUCUGGGAGCAGUCGGCCAGGUGGGGUAG